AUGUCCUUCCCAAUUCAACUGACUGCGUCGACUCGGAGACAAGCACUUGGAAGGUUUAGUAGCCCGCCUGGCGCCGAGGUCCCAGAAAAAAUAUUACAAGAAUAUUUUAUUGACGAAUGCAAAGCAUUAUCAAGGAGUACAAAACUUGUAGUUGAAGACACCCAUUAUAUUCCGUUGCUGGCUACCAGAAAGCCGGACUUCGCUUUUAUUCAAAAAGGGAGUCCUCUAAACGCAUUAUAUGUCGUAGCUGUUGGUGAGAUCGGAAAAUGCGCCGGCAAUAGAUUCUCAAAUGCAGAUAUAGGACAUGCGAUGUCAUUUGGCGAAAAAUUACUUCAAAUUCAGCCUCGGAGAGCCUACGUAUAUGUGGUGUUGACAGAUUGCAAGGUUAUUUGUAUCUAUAAGGUGAAGAAGAACGACAGAAAUACCCAUGACAAUAUCCGAUUCUCGUAUGAGUACACAACACCAUAUAAGCUAACUUACGAAACUAGGGGUCUCCCUCCACCUGGGUGGCAACACCUCGUAACGAUUAUGGAAUGUUCUCCGGAUCAGCUUGGAUGGAUCGAGUCAUCUUUAAACUUCGGUUCAGAUACUGUCACAUUGGUUCGACCCAUCAGUACAGGAAGGACUAGCAUUGUAUAUGAAGGAAAGCUUAAUGAUGGGAUAUCUGUGGUGGCGAAAAUAGCAAAAAGCGACAAAUAUUGGUCUUGUUUUGAAAAGGAAAAAACAGCACUGGAAGCUUUAUCGAACCCUCUCCUAAACAAUGAGGGCAUCCUUGUUACAGCUCCUCUUUGUACAAAAGUAAAUAAUCUCCGAAAAGAGGAUAUCGGAAACAUUAUCAACACCCUCAAGAUUCUCCAUUCAAAAUUCAAUCUUGUACACAUGGAUAUUCGAAAAUACAACUUUCUCCGCAAUGACAAAGGUGACAUUUUGAUUAUUGAUUGGGGAUACAGCGCAACAAUAGACGAAACUGGGCCUUUUGCGGGCGCACUUGAAUGCAUGCCCAACGAUAUCCUGGCAUCAUUGGCCGACGGGGUACAGAUAACUUAUUCAGGGAGAAUUGACUUGAUAUGUUUGGCAAAGGCGUUUUACCUGAUGCUUCAUAAACCGCCAAAUGUGGAAAGAAUUUCCUUUGGAACAAGUCAUAACAUCAGCUCACGGGCGCAAAAUAUAUUGGCCUUUUGGGAGUCUAAUGCCGAAUCAGAAUUGUGGAAUAAAAUUUUUCAAGAUGCAGAGGGCUUGAAGUACGAUAGCCUAAUCCAAGAACUUGAAAAAAUUUUUUAG